GACAAAUCGAAGGGGCGAAGAGAAGAUAAAAGGAUAACUAUAAACACGUGACGUGACACGUGACUUGUGAGGGGAAGAAAAGAAAGUGGUGGUACUAGACUCUUCCAACCAAAUUCAGUUCCGAACUUCUUUUAUCCCAAUUUCUCUUCAAUUUCACCAUACUUUCAGAUGUUUUCUUCCUCUCAUUUUCCUAUCACAUCUCCCGGAAUAUAUACCACAGCCGGCGCCGGCGCCAUUAGAACCACAACUCGAUUUAUCAUAGUCCGGUACAAUACUCCUCAAAAUUUCCUCAACAGACCUUUAGCAGCAUCAGUUUCCGGAAAUCGUAGCGUGAAUGCUGACCAACCAUCUGUAGUUCUAGACAGCCUCAGAGUUUUGCAAUGGGAUAAGCUCUGUGAUUCCGUCGCUUCCUUCGCCGGCACUUCACUCGGCAGACAAGCCACCAAGGAGCAAUUAUGGAAUUUGGAUAAAGCGUAUGAAGAUAGUGUUAGGCUACUGGAAGAGACUAAAGCAGCUGUGGAGAUGAACAAAUACGGCGCCAUGAUGGAUUUUACAGGCAUUGAUGUUGCAAUGGUCGAAACUGGCAUAAUACGUGCUCGGAAGGGAGUUCCUGUGACUGGGAGUGAAGCAAUGGCACUCUCAGGUCUGCUAAAAUUUGCAGAAGCACUGCAAGUAAAUGUCAAAGCUGCAAUAAAGGCUGAUUCAGAUUGGUUUAUGAGGUUUAUGCCUCUUUCGGAAUUGGUUAUGGAAUUAGUUAUCUGUCAGCCUUUGAUUAAGUUCAUUGAGCAACUUGUAGAUGAGGAUGGUUCAGUAAAAGAUUCUGCGAGUUCAACCUUGCGAAAUGCACGUGAGCAAGUGCGAUAUCUUGAGAGAAAGCUAUACCAGUUGAUGGAAAGCAUGAUUAGAAGUGGUUCAGAUGAAAUAGCAACUAUGGAAAUAUUUAAUAAUGAUGGGAGAUGGUGUAUAAACUCACGUGCUGAUGUGCCCCCAACUUUUGAGGGACUCUUGUUAGCAAGUGGUUCAGGUGCAGGAAGCCUUAUUGAACCACUCUCUGCUGUUCCUCUAAAUGAUGAGCUGCAACGGGCAAGGCAAUUGGUGGCGAAAGCGGAGGAAGAGGUGCUUCUAAGGAUAACAAAGAAGAUGCAAAUGGAAUUGAAUGACAUCGAAAACUUAUUCAACAGUAUGAUUCAGAUGGACACGAUCAAUGCUAGGGCACGAUAUAGCCUUUCCUUCGAGGGUGCAUGGCCUGAAUUGUAUUUGCCACAAGAUAUUGAUAGCAUUAAAGCUGAUACAUCAGCAGAAGAUAAAAUCUCGUCAUUAUCACAACUUAAUCAGAAGAAGUGGAAUUUAUAUUUGCCCAAAGCUUAUCACCCACUAUUGCUUCAACAACAUCGUCACAAUCUGGAAAGGGCCAUGAAGGAUCUCAGAAUAGCAAAUGCUGAAAUGAGGAGAAAACAACAAGAUGGGUCUGCGAAGGGGAAGAAAGAAAAAAAUUUAAAUAUAUCAUCUCUGGAGAUGCGGGUUGCUAAGUUGAAACAAGAACUUCCGAUCCCCUUUGACAUAUAUAUAGCUCAGAAUACUAGAGUUCUUGUUAUAACUGGCCCAAAUACUGGAGGCAAAACCAUUUGCCUGAAAACAGUUGGGUUGGCUGCCAUGAUGGCAAAGUCAGGACUAUACAUAUUGGCUUCAGAACCAGCAAGGAUUCCCUGGUUUGAUUUUGUACUUGCUGACAUUGGUGAUGAACAAUCUUUAUCUCAGUCAUUAUCUACCUUUUCUGGCCAUCUAAAACAAAUCAGCGAAAUCAGGUCUCUUUCGACGAGUCUGUCAUUGGUGCUCCUAGAUGAAGUAGGUGCAGGAACAAAUCCUCUAGAAGGAGCUGCCCUAGGGAUGUCGUUGCUGGAAUCUUUUGCUGACGCUGGUGCCUUGUUGACAAUAGCUACUACACAUCAUGGAGAACUCAAAGCUCUUAAGUACAGAAACGGUGCCUUUGAAAAUGCUUGUAUGGAGUUUGAUGAAGUGAACUUGAAGCCUACUUACAGGAUCCUUUGGGGAGUACCAGGGCGUUCAAAUGCAAUCAAUAUUGCUGAGAGGCUUGGACUGCCUGUAGAAAUUUUGGAUAACGCACGUGAUCUAUAUGGAGCUGCUAGUGCAGAAAUCAAUGAGGUGAUAGUUGAUAUGGAGAGAUUCAAACAAGAUUAUCAUGCAAAACUCCAUGAAUCGCAGCAGUACCUGAGGCUCUCAAAGAAACUUCAUAAGAGUCUACUCUUGACCAGAAAGAGAGUAACGGAACAUAGCGUGAAGGAAAAAUCCAGAAGGAUGCAAGAAAUAACGAAGCUAGGAGCUUCAGCACGUUCCAUCAUUCAUAAGAAAGUGCGGGAGUAUCGAUCACUUCCUACUCAAAAACCCAAACAAAUAAAAGCAGAUACAGAUAUCUCUACUUCAACAUCCAUUCAUCUUCAUGCGACUAUAGAAGAAAAUGCAUCUGUGGUGACUGAAACUGCAUCCACAGAUAUUAAAUCAAUUACAGAGAACAAACCUGAACUUCCAAAGAUUGGUGACGUGGUGAAUAUUCCUUCUCUCAACAAGAAAGCAACAGUUGUGAAAUUGGAUCGAUCUAAAGAACAAGUGGUGGUUCAAGCUGGUAACUUGAAGUUGAAGUUAAAUCUGGCUGAUAUUUUGACCUGAUUUAGCAUGUGUACCUCCUCGGGUGCAGAAGAUUCUACGCUCUAAAUUAAUACAGUUAGAUUUCUUUUUCUGAUUUAAUUUUUAAUUUUUUUGUAAAUCACUCCUCACUUGUCAGCAUAUUUUAAUUAUAUUGGAAAUAUGAUAUUUGCUUGUCUAA